CACAUUAUAUUACACUGCGAUUUCAUUUGUUUACUUCGUCAAACAGUAAUUGCACCUAUCAAAGGUAGAAUUAUUCAAGUUUUGUAAAAUGAAUUCUGUACGCUUCGCCUCUACAGAAAAUACCGAGAACAGAAAUCUUCAAAGAACUCCUGAAAAUGUAUUUAAUUGGAGAAUGUCGUACAGCGUUAUUAAGUCUCGUCAAGAGAAUGUUGUACUGCAACAGAAGUAUUCCUAUCUGCUUUAUAGUCGAAAAAAGAGAUUGCGAAAUGCGUGUCCGGCGGAUAUAAAAAUGUUGAAACUCGAAACAGAUUUUGAUCAAGAUUUACAUUCGAAGUCUAAAGACUCGGAUAGCGACCUUGAAGAAUACGAAGCUCGAUUCGAUGAAUACGCCAGCGAGCUAGGUCAAUUGGAAACACAAAAAUUGAAAACUUGGGAUGAAUACAAGAAACUGGUAGAACUGACGCAGGUGAAGCCAAAGAUUCGCAAGAGAUCGCCAUUAGUGCAUAUUACAUCUCUACCGAGGCUCCAAAUUUAUUCGGAAAAGUUUAUUUCGCUGCCACGAAGACACGGUCGAGCUAAAAGGAGCAUAAUCAAGCUGCAGCCGAAACAAACCAUCCUGAUCGCAGAUACUAAUUACGUGCAGUUUCGUAAUUUUAAUUUGAACCGGUUAUAUAAGCAAACAGUCACGUUACAAAAUGUCAGCACAUUACCAGCAAGAUUCCAAAUCGAACCCAGGCCAUAUCGCUCCAACUUUCGCGUGAUAAUAAAACGUAGCGAGGGUACCCGGAACAUUGUUCCCCCGGGAAUGCAAUUUCAAUUGAUCAUCUUGUUCCGGUGCAACGAGGUUGACGAACCGGAAGAACUACUGGUGCUGAAGGUGGAGAAUGGAAAACCGUUGGUCAUCAAGUUGCAUGGAUACAAGGAACCUCCAAUUUUAUUGGGGACCUGCCUGCCGUCCAGAAAGUCCCUCGAAAUUUUACAAUCGAACGUCAAGUGGGUCGUUGAACCGUGGCAACCAGAAUCAUCGUCUUCUUCAGAAGAGAGUACAGAUGCUAGUGAAGAAAGCGUGACAUACAGUAUCGAGAGCUGGGAAACUAUUCACAAUAAAUUUGUCAGCACGACUUUCGACUGCAGAAUAGGCUUCGUGGGAGAGACAGUUUAUGUACCCAUCAGAUUCAAGAACGUUGGAGGAGGUGGUAGAUUUUUCAUAAUGAGCGAAAUUUCUUGGACUUCCAUGUACAUUCAAGACGUCACGGAUAAAAACGUGUUGAAAUUAUCCCGUUUCACCGUGUACCCAGCGUAUUUCAAGAUAAAGUCGAAGGAAAGAAUGAUUUUACAUACGACCUUCUCACCUGAUUCUUACGGUGUUCAUGUGGACAAAGUGUACGUACUUUGCAAUAAUUGCACUAUAUUGGCCACAGAGAUAAUUGGAGAUGGUGUGAUAUUUGAACAGAAUUUAAUCCAGAUUGAUAAAAAAUUAACAAAGGAUCGAUCAAAGAAGGACUUGGAUAAACGCGCAAAUUACUGCAUAAAUUUAAGCACAAGUGCUCCAAACAUAUUUGGUCAAUGCACAAUUACCGUGACUAACACGAGCGAAAUAAGAAUGUACUUUCGAUGGGAAAAACGAGACAUUGAAAGCGACGAGAAUGAAAUAGAUGAGUACAAUUAUUUUCCUCUGAAGUCUCUUUUUAUUCAGCCAGAGCAAGGUAUAUUUGCUCCAACUUCUAUUCACCAUUUUACUGUAAUUGCUGAAUACAGUAAUUUGCAACCAAAUAUUUAUUUUGCUGUUUUACAAUUGUACGUGGAGGACAUACCUGAAAUGGCUGUUUCAAACAACUUACUAUCUCAUGUUCAAGAAUGCACUAACAGACAACGUAGUUGUGGAAAUUCUGUAGAUGUUUGGAUUGAUGAUGUGGAGGUCUGGUUGGAAUAUAAACUAGAGGACCAAAUUAAAAGUGAUCAAGCAUUUGAUGAAAUAGCAGAACGUAUUACUGGAAAGGCAUCAUAUUACAAGGACUUCAUAGAAGACCAGUACGAAGGAACAGAAUACGGUCAUGACGAUGAAUAUAAAUCAACGAGUCAAUUGUUAAUAGAUGAACUAUUUGCACAUUACGACAUCCUGAAUCUAAAGCAAUUUGUGCCACACUGGCGGGAACGUACGAUAACCAUGGGUAUUAUUAGACCCACGAGGACUUUGUACAUUGGUAUCGAGGAAACUUGUGUGUUGACGAUAAAAAACCUCUCCGAUAAGGCAUUAAUUUAUUCGUGGGGUGAAGUGAAUGGCGAAGAUGCAGAGAAAGUGAAAGUCUGUGCGUGCCCUGAGAAAGGGGAAGUAUCGGGUCGAACUUCCGAGAAAAUUAAGAUUACCCUUACACCGAUAAAAGAGGGGAUAGUGCAAUCUUUAUACAUGCCCUGUUUCAUUGGAGGUUCACAAAAAAUUAUAAUACUUGGUGUAGAAUGUUACAUCGAACCUCUCUAUGUGACAUUCUAUUUUCCAUUGACCGACAAAGAGCCUGUGAAAUUGAAGAACAAUUUUAUUCAAGUCGAGUGGCGCAUGAAUAGUCUUCAACUUGCUUUUGACUUAGCAGGAACAAGUACAAGGGGCAUAAAGCUAUUGGACAAAUAUCGAGCAAGAGAAGAAGAAGAAUUAAUGACUGCAAAUCUGGAUCAAGGGGAUGUUCUUAAAGACGCUUCUGCAGGUCCUUCGAUUAGCGAAGUGGCUGCUGAAGACUCGGGAGAGGAAUUUACCUUGAGUACACGUACUUCAGAAAUCAUUCAAAUGAGUAACUUGGUGACAGGAAACGGGAGAAGCUCUGAUGUUUCUUCUGGAGAUAUAGUUCCUUUCUUCCAAACAACUCUACCAUCCGGUCAGCAACCAGUUGUACUUGAAUUUUUAAAUCUACCUUUGAGAACAGUGGAGAAGAAGACUUUCAUCAUAAAAAAUGAAACAUCUAUUCCAACUAAUUUUCAAAUUGACUUAAAAAAUUUCUACCCUACUAUGUGUUCUUGUGAAGGGCUGUCAUUGGAAGAUCGUAUCAAAUCCAUCUACAAGAGAGUUCAUUGCAAACAGAAAAGUCUGCUUGAAGAUACAAUGUCCCGAGUGAAACAACCAAAAUCAGGAGUUGUAAUUUACGUUGAUCCCGUAAAUUCAUAUGUUGGAUCUUUUGAGGCUGUGCCUGUGAAUAUUUAUGUUUAUGGUGAUACGUGGGGUAUUUAUGUUGACAAAUUGGAGAUAAAUAUAAGAGGCUUACCAUUGUAUACGUUAGAAAUAUGCGUGCAGGUGGUUGGGUUACCCAUAUGGUUAUCAAUUUCGGAUAAAGGACAGUCAAAAAUACCUGUUAUUAAAUAUGGAACAACAAUGACAGGAGUACGUCUGCAGGAAAGAAAAAUAAUAGUGUGGAAUAAUAGUAUCAUACCUAUAGCUAUUAAUUGGCAUUCAUUUAUAAUUAAACCACAGAUAGAGAAGAUGCCUUUUAAUGUUGUGUUUGAUAUUUGUACUUCAUUUACUGACAAGGUAGCUUCAGAUAUGAGAGCUAGCAAAUUAGGAAGUGUUAACGAAAUUCCUGUACAAUAUGAAAACUGUUGUUCUAAACUAGAAAAUUCAAAAAUCCACGAGUUUGACUCUAUGGGAACCAAUGUUGAUUCUGAUAGUAUAACAGGAUACACUUAUUCGGGAUCCUCUUAUAUGGCCAUAUCCUGGAAAUCAAAUUAUGAAUCUUUAUAUACUACUGAAAUUUCAAUAGACUAUACUAGUCAAAGUAUUACCAGAACUUCCAAAAGUAUUUUUAAACAUGAACAAGAUGAAGACACUGCAUUCUUGGAUAUAAAUCAUCAUAACAUUGCCCAGGAAACAGGGGAUACUGAAAUCAAAGUUUCAAUACUUCCUUAUUAUGGAUCUAUUGAUACAAAAGCUGGUGCAGUUGCUCCAAGAGAAAUGUUUCUUCUACCUGAUAAAUAUGCUUUUCUAACUAUCAAUGUACAACCUGAAAAAUUAAAAAAGAACUAUGAAGGUGAACUAUUUUGUAAAAUCCUGGGAUUCCUACGAAUUGCUCCUAGUGAUAAGUAUAGAGACAACUAUUACUUUAGACAAGAUGGAAAUUAUCUUUCCCCUAUAGAGAUUGAUGUUACUGCAAAUAUUAUUCACCCAAAGUUGACCUUCAAUAUUCCUAAAAUAAAUAGAACAUUUGUGUGCUGUGCUUAUGAUGUGAUGCAAAGCGAAGGAAAAAAAUUAGAAUUGGUUCAAACAUUUUUUUUACACAACCAUAAACCUGAAACAGUACGUGUAAUGUUUGAAACAUACAAACCAUUUCAUAUCAAAUCUGUUGCAAUUUAUGCAAGAACCAAUCCAUGCAAACUUACAGGAGUUAUAUGUAUUAAUCCCAAAGGAUGUGCAGAAGUAGUAGUAGUAUGUAUUGUAGAUGCACAAUUCAUUGAAACAAUAAUUCAUACAAGUAAAAGUCAAGAUAUGUAUGAUUCAGUAAUUACGAUAACAGAGCCAUUGCAAAUUACACACACUGAUAAAACUCAGCAGGAUAUAGAAUUAAUUUUGGAAGUUUGGCUGCCAAUACUAAAAUUAUCAUCAUAUGCAUUAAACUUUGGUCUAGUUUAUGUAGGUGAUACUAAAAAAUUAAUGUUAAACAUUACAAACUUAUCAAGAAACCUGGCCAAUCGGUUGAAACAUUAGAGAUAACAACUGGCAUUCCUUACAAUACAGAAGAAUGUGAAAUUUAUGGAGAAGGAACAUUAGAUGAAAAAUAUCAUACUCCGAGUGUAUAAACACACAAAGGAUCAUGAUAGAUCUUUUGAAGGCACGUUUCAAAACACAAGAAAUUCAUUGUAGUUUUCAAUAAAACUUAAUACUUCUAAAUUA